AUGCGAAAUGCUCUCCUCGCCGACGGGAAGAUCGGGGAACUCGCCGAGAAUCCCAAGAAGGCCGCUUUCUUCAAGGCAAUUGAGGAUCACGAUGACGAAGAUGACGUCGGUUUCGACUUUUUGGGCUACGAGCAAGAGGGUAGCACACAGGACGAGCCUUCGUCGCAAAAUGCUACCACGGAAGCGCAAUCAAACAGCCCGCAAGACGAGAGCAACAAGAGAAAGAGACCCCUCGAGCCUGCCGCUGAAGAUGUCAACAACCGACCCCCGCCGCAUCUUCGCCGGAAGCCUGCUAGUGCCAUGUCCAAGAAACCGGCUACCCUUGCUGAAAUCCGCGAGACGGUCUCCUUCCUGACAGAGCGGCCCGAGUACGACUCGUUCCAGGACGAUGCCUCUGUCGACGACGAGGAGGAGGAAGACAAGCAGCAUGCUGGCGAUGGUGACGAUGAAACAGAAGAGGCAGAGGAACAAUUGAUGCCCACCCGACAACGGGAAUUGUCUGUAGCACGGAGCAACCCGCGCCGCACACGGGGACCGGUGGUCGAUCGUCUUGCUCUGCUUCGGCAAGCAUCCUCGAACUCCGCUACGUCGGCUUCCAACACUCGGUUUGCCUUCCACACUGGUGCCGGAAACGACAAGGUUGGUUCGUUCGGGUUCCGGCCGCCGAUCCUGCGCAAGACCACGACUGCGUCUUCGUCGUCCAGCUCGUCGACAUCGACCUCUGAUUCAGCCCGUGUGACUAAAGCGGGGGGGGCAUCGCUGGCGAAGAAAGGUGCUGUUAACUACUACACUGCGGCGCGGGAGCGCGAGCGGCAAAAGCAGUUGCGGACACAACAUCGCAACCGCGGGUCCAAUAUCACUGCGUUGCUCAAUAAGCACGCGGGUAAUCGUCUGGGUGCGCUGGGAGGAACAGGGAACUGGGAUUAA